GAUUCCAGUUGUUUUCACAUCUCCUCCACACUAACAAAGAGAGUCAGGGCUACUGUCUCUUUCAUCUCAGAGUAAAUGUGGUGAGUGACGCGCAACUAACGACCGACGCUCCUGUACAGCGGGGGGAGAAGAAGACACAAAGAGCAGAAAAACACCUUGCUCUGGAGAAGAGAAAUAGGGAGACUUUGAAAAGCUUCUGGCGGACUUGAUUGAACAUAAAGAGCGAAAAUGGUGUCGGCUGGACUGGAGAUCCUGGGACUAUCGCUGUGCGUAAUUGGCUCGCUCCUGGUGAUGGUUUCAUGCGGGCUGCCCAUGUGGAAGGUGACGGCCUUCAUCGAAGCCAACAUCGUGGUGGCCCAGACAAUCUGGGACGGCUUGUGGAUGUCGUGUGUGGUUCAGAGCACGGGCCAGAUGCAAUGCAAGGUGCAUGACUCUGUCCUCGCCCUCAGUCACGACCUGCAGGCUGCCAGAGCACUCACCAUCAUCUCCUCUGUGAUGGGCGUGCUGGGGCUCAUGGUUGUCAUUGCUGGGGCGCAAUGCACAAACUGUAUCCGCGCCGAGUACGUCAAAGCCCGGGUGGUGAACGCCGGAGGCGUCAUCUACAUCAUCAGUGGUCUGUUUGUGCUCGUUCCACUCUGCUGGAUGGCCAACAACAUCAUAUCGGACUUCUACAAUACGCAGGUGCCCCCAUCCAAGAAGAGGGAGAUCGGCGCGGCGCUUUACAUCGGCUGGGCAGCCUCAGCGCUGCUGCUGAUCGGAGGAGCGCUGCUGUGCUGCUCCUGUCCCUCCAGCGGGAACUCUGGAUACUCUGUAAAGUACGCACCGACCAAGAGAGCGACGCAGAACGGGGACUAUGACAAGAGGAAUUAUGUGUAGCUGUAACAAACAACAGGUGGUGCGUAAAAGUGACGUAGGAGCUUUUAAAAACAGUUUCUGACGGACGUUCUUUUUUGCACCUGCUGUUUUUGUUUUGAUAGAAAUGUGAACUGAAAAUCAAUGGAAGCACCUCUGCUGUUUUUACACUGGCUCUUCCUUCAACACACUCGGACCGCAUUUUCACAACUCUUUUUGUAUCUACAGGAGAUUAAAAAUAAGACUAUCAUCAAGAGGUAGCUCACGACUAAAAGGAGUAUCUUUGUUAGGUACCUGCUUUUGUAAGUCUUUAAAAAAUAUCAUUAGCAGUUUGAAUUGUUUACUGUUCUAAAUACUGCAAAGUUUUUCUUUUCUAGAGGAACCACUGCUGUCGAAUAUUUACACUGUUCUUUUUACCUUAAUGUGCAUCGUCAGCACAAACUUGUACAGUAACUGAGAAUGAUUGCACCCCCACAAAGAACCAUUUCCUUUAAUGGAACUACGCCGACAUGUUGAGGACUCCAACACUGACCGAUAGCGAGAAAGAACGAAGAAGAAAAGUGCAGACAAAGCCCUAAUAAAUCUCGGACUGGCUUUUGUGUUGUUUGAGACACGGAGACUUUUAAAAGUUUGCAGCCUGUUUUUGGACCUGUAGAGACGCUCAUAGUGAAUCUACAGGUCCCAGCAUAGCAAAGUUACAGACCGUUAUUUGGCUGCACUAAACACCUGCAACGUUUAUGCAUCAUUAUCAAUGCAGGAAUUCUUUAAAAACAUUUUUAAGAUGUUUUCUCUGUUGGUUUGUUGAUGUAAUGAUUCAUUAUUCGUGUAUAUGAAGAUGCAAUAUUGUUUCAUGUUAUUAAGAUUAAACUGAGUAUAUUGUCUGA